GAGAGAACCGGCUCGACCGGUGCAGCGUUUCACUGUAAUUUCCUCCUUUAGAGUCUCAUUAACUCGCCACAAUAUCAUUCGUACACAAACACAAGGACGAGAGAGGAGCGAGACAUUCAUCCAGAGCUUCAGAUUGCAGCAUGACAGAUAACGUGCGGCGGGUGGUGUCCAAAGACGGCCACAGUAACGUGAAGAUCGAUAAUGUAGAAGGGAUGGUCAAGCUCUUCCUGCACGACAUCUGGACCACGGUGGUGGACAUGAAGUGGCGCUACAAGAUCACGCUGUUCGCCUCCACCUUCAUCACCACGUGGUUCGUGUUCGGAGUCGUCUUCUACCUCAUCGGCCUGAGGAACGGCGACUUCCACGCCGACCUGUCGUCCAAUCACACGCCGUGCGUGUUGAACGUGGACUCGCUGACCGGCGCCUACCUGUUCUCGCUGGAGACCCAGACCACCAUUGGCUACGGCUUCCGCUACAUCUCCGAAGAGUGUCCUCUGGCCAUUGCGACGCUCGUGCUGCAGCUGGUCGUCACGGGGCUGGCCGAGAUCUUUGUGACUGGCGCGUUUCUGGCCAAACUGGCCAGACCCAAGAAGCGCGCGGGAAGCAUCAGGUUCAGCCUCUCGGCGGUGGUGUGCGAGCGUGGUGGGGUCCGGUGUCUGAUGGUGCGCGUGGCCAACAUGAGGAACAGCCUCCUGAUUCAGUGUCAGCUCUCGGGGAAACUGCUGUCCUCCCACGUCACGCAAGAAGGCGAGAAGAGCCUCGUGCAUCAGACCGCUGUGGACUUCCAGCUGGACUCCAGCGGCGAGUGUCCGUUCCUGCUUCUGCCGCUCACCUUCUAUCACGUGCUGGAUGAGCGAAGCCCGCUGAGGAGCCUCACAGCCGAGAACCUGCCCAAACAAGACUUGGAGCUGCUGGUGACGCUCAACGGCACCAUGGAGUCUACAGCCGCCACCUGCCAGAGCCGCACAUCUUACCUGCCGCAGGAGAUCCUGUGGGGCUGCGAGUUCAGACCCGUGCUGACCCACACGGCCAGCGGGAGACUGACCACAGACUUUAGCUGCUUCGACAAGGUGCAGGCCUGCAGCGACCUGCCGAUGAUCCACAGCAACACAGAGAAGCUCCAGCUGGAGGAGGAGUACAGACGGGAGUGAAGAGACCAGACGGGAGACGGGAGUCAAGAAUGUGCUGGAAAACCAGCCUAAAUCAUUCUGGAAGAGCAUUCCAACCACGAGCCAGAUCUGGAAACGUGGAGUGCUGGAAUACAGCAGAACAGACCCGCAUUCAACAGUCAAAAUACUGCAGAUCAAAACCACUCGAUUUACUUCAUUCUUGAUCCUGGUCUUAUUGGGAACCAUUUAUCAGUGACUGAUUGCUGUGAUCAAAGCUGAAUUUUAGAAAUCUUUACAAACAUUUCGAACACUUUUCUCAACAAUUUUGAUCAAUGUAAUGCUUCCUUGCUCAAUAAAAGUAUUAAUUUCUUUCUUUUAUUUUUUUAAGGUAGUGUAUCAAGGUUGACACAAAAAUUCAGCUUUGAUCACAGGAAGAACUUAGAAAACAGCUAUUUUGAAUGAUAGUAAUAUUUUACUCUUUUUACUGUAUUUUUGAUCAAAUUAAUGUCUAGCAGAAGAGACUUCUGAACAGUAGUGUACACUUCAAAUUUCAUGUUCUGGUCUUAUUGGGAAUGAUUAAUCAGUAACAUUAUUUAAAGAAAUCAGUAUUUGUCUUCAUAAUUUGAAUAUAGUGACUUGCUCAACCAUCCAUUGCUCUUAUUUAUUGUGCACUUUCGCCAUCCAAUCAAUUCUGGAUUGUAUUUUUCCCCUGUAUAUUUCAAUCCAUUUCAUACAUUUUUUAAUCGUUUUAGGAAAAAUAUUUGAUUCAUGUUUCUCCAGAAAUAAAUAUGUGACACAUUUAUAAAAUUUGUUUCAAAUCCAACAAACUCUGCAGUGAAAGAUACAUUGUCUUAAAAUGAUUGUAGAGUUCAAGACUGUUGUGGCAACAGAGACGCUCAGAUGAUAACAGUGUGUGUGUGUGUGAGAGUGUGUGUGUGUGUGUCAGAGAGAGAGUGUCUGAGUGUGAGUGAGAGAGAGUGUGAGUGUGUGUGAGAGCGAGUGUGUGUGUCAGAGAGUGUCUGAGAAUGUUUGUGAAUGUGUGUGUGAGUGUAUCAGAGAGAGAGUGUGUAGGAGUGUGUGUGUGUGUGUGUGUGUUUUGUGACAUAUGAGGACACAAAUGUGUAUAAUGACAUGGGUAUGACAGGUAUUACAAGGAGAAGGUGAUUUAUGAGGACAUUUCCCCAUGUCCCCAUGUUUCAAAAGGCUUAUAAAUCAUACAGAAUGACUUUUUUUGAGAAAGUAAAAAGUGCCACAGCCUGAGAGACAGCAGGUGAAUGUACAUAAUGUGUGUAAUAUGUGUAUUAUGUCUGACCUCAGUGUGUUUCCCUGCUGUCUAUCACAGUGACCCUCAGCCUGUGUGAGUUUAUGUGUUAAACACUGUGGUAUGAAAUGUUCACACAAUAAGUUCUUAUUUGUUACACUGUUUAUUUAUAACAAUAUAAACUUAAUGUUUUUAUUCUAUUA